GUGUCGCGUUGAUGAACAAAAGCUAAACAAACCCUAGAGUAGACUGUAGAGUAAUGAGUCUCUCUUCUCUCUCUAUCUCGUGUUGCAGCCAAACAAACCCUAGUAGGGUCACUUCAGUAAUAUCACCCCAGUUGGCAUUAAGCGUUCUCUAGUUCUACUGUUCUACAUAAUAUGUUCGACAUAGCAGAAGAGGAGAGACUUUCCUAGAAAAUAAUGGCAUUCAAAAUGGCGAAAUCUUCAAAGUGGGCACGAGAAGUACAAGAAAGUGAUACUGGUUCCGAAGGUGAAAGUGAUAUGGAAAACGAGAUGCUAAAUGUGGCGAAUGAGGAGGAUGAUGACGGGUAUGAUAAUGUUGAUGAGAGUGAUGAUUCUGACGAAGAGAGUGUGGAAGAAGAUGAGGAGGAAGAUGAUGACGACGACGAGCAGAAUGAUGAUCAAAAAGGUGCUGAGAUGGAAGAACUCGAGAAAGAGUUAACAGAUCUCCGUCACAAAGAGCUAGAUCUUUUAAGGAAUUUAAAUCGUCACAAGGAUGAGGAUCUUCUAAAAGGUCAAGCAGUCAAAAAUCAGAAGGCUCUCUGGGACAAGACUCUUGAGUUCAGAUUCUUACUGCAAAAAGCAUUCUCUAGUUCAAAUAGACUUCCUCAGGAGCCAUUUAGGUCUUUGUUUUGUGAUUGCAAUAAUGGUGUCAAAGAAGCAUAUUCAGAUUUGAUCACCUCAUCUAAUAAGACUUUGGAUUCACUACUGGAAUUACAGGAGGCAUUAUUUGAGAAGAAUCCAUCUAUUGCACAAGCUACAGAUGGUAAUUCUGGGAAAUCUUCCAAGCAUUCCGAAGCUUCUAUGAAUUCAAAUGUGGAAGGUGAUGAAGAAUGGUCACAGAUUUCCCAAAUGCAGUUGAGGAUAGCUUCUUUUAGAGACAAAUCGGUAGAUAAAUGGCAGAGAAAGACACAGGUGACAACUGGUGCUGCAGCUAUUAAAGGCAAAUUACAAGCUUUCAAUCAGAAUAUUAGUGAACAAGUGGCUGCUUACAUGAGGGAUCCAAGCAGAAUGAUUAAAGGGAUGCAACAGAGAAGAUCAGCUGCUGCUGUAUUUGGGACUGUGCCGGACGCAGUUGGCAAUGCUAAGGAAGAGGACUUGCAAGCAGAUGGUGACCCUGAACUUCUGGAUGACUCUGAAUUUUAUCAGCAAUUACUGAAGGAAUUUUUUGAGACAUUUGACCCAACUUCAUCUGAGACUGCCUUUUAUGCUCUGAAGAGAUUGCAAACUAGGAAAAGAAAGAUCGUUGACAGACGUGCCUCUAAGAGUCGCAAGAUCAGGUAUAAUGUUCACGAAAAGAUUGUCAACUUUAUGGCUCCUCAGCCCAUGGACCUUCCUCCCAUGGCUCCAAAAUUAUUUGAAAAUUUGUUUGGCCUCAAAACCCAGCAAACUUUCACCGCUGUGUAGCAAAUUUAGAGGCAAUCAAACUAUAUGAAAGUCUUGUAAAUCACAGGGGUUUGAAAUUUUGUUAUAUUAGUUAGACAUGGUUUCUCAUGUUCGUUCUGUCCAGUGACUGAACUGUUGUAGAAGGAGAAAAACAAUAUAAAAGUACCCUGUCAAUGGGUCAGGGUACAAAUUCGCGUACAAAUUGUAUAACGAGAUCUAGUUUCGAGUCCAAUAGAUUCAAUUCUGUAUUAGAAGAAUCAUUAACAUACGGAGUCUCUGAAAAAGAGAAAUUGAUCUGUAGAUUUAUAUGUAUUGUGUGAAAAUUUCAGAUUA